AUGCUGCUAACGCACUUCGCUGGUGGUAAUAAUAAUACAACAUCCACGGAUAAAUUUUGUCAAGUGAAUCCACCAACUGGGAACAUAUCGGCAUGUGCAGCUGUCUACGCCUGUAGUUCAAAUAUUACAAGUUAUUCUGUCUCGUCAUUUUCAAGCUAUCAAACAAAGACGAUUAUCGGCCUGGCAAAAGAUGGACAUUUGAUUUAUGGACCUUAUUUAUCUUUAAGCACACGCGUAACAUCUGGCUUUGAUGCUUGUAAUGGAAUGUUUCAUGAUUCAAAGGGGAACUAUGCUUACUUUGCAACAUCAACAUAUCCGUAUCUUGUCGGUUGUUUUGGUCCAGCGAAUUAUCCGUCAUUUGGUCCAAAUUGUACAACCAAUGGUCCAACGAACUAUACAAUGUCAUCUUAUGCACAAGCAUUGAUGAAUAGUACAGUCACUAACUCUACAACAACGACAGCUUUAUUAAACACCACUACUACAACUGCUCGUCGAGCAAAUUCGAUGAGUAUUCGAUUGAAUUUCAGCAUCAAUCUUCUUCGUUUAUUUCUUAUCAUUACCAUCAUGUGA